GGCCGUGUAGGCGACCACGCCAUCGUUCCAGCAAUCCGCCGUGGUUGCAUGGCUGCUUGCUGCUGCAAUUGUUCCCCUCUUGGGAACCUGAACUAGCUAGUCGAUCGAUCUAGGUGCAGAAGAGUUUCGCGUGCUUCUUGGGUCCGAUUUGAGUCCCGACAAGAGGAAACCUCCAGAGGAUUUGGUUGCCUUCUUCUCGCUCUCUCACCCCUCUUAUCGGGGUCGAGAGGGGAAGAGGGAAGGCCGCAUCACACAACAAGGCAGGAUACGAGGGAGGAACAGAGAGGCAGAGGCGGGUGGUUAAAACUGGCGGACGGCGGCGACGGCUCCGCUGUGGCGACGAUGGCAAGGAGCGGAGCGGAAGGGGGCGGCGGCGGGCUGAAAAGGGGGCCGUGGACGCAGGCGGAGGACAAGCUGCUGGUCGACCACGUGCGGCGGCACGGGGAGGGCAACUGGAACGCCGUGCGGCGGGAGACGGGGCUGCACCGGUGCGGCAAGAGCUGCCGCCUCCGGUGGGCGAACCACCUCCGUCCCAACCUCCGCAAGGGCCCCUUCUCCCCGGAGGAGGAGCACCUCAUCCUCCGGCUCCACGGCCUCAUCGGCAACAAGUGGGCGCGCAUCUCAUCGCACCUGCCGGGGAGGACGGACAACGAGAUCAAGAACUACUGGAACACGCGCCUGAAGCGCCGGCAGCGAGCGAGGCUCCCACUCUACCCGCCGGACAUCGAACGGGAGAUCGCACUGCUGCGCGCGCAGAACUUCAACCCGUUCUCGGACGCCGACGGCAACGGCAAUGCCAACGCCAACGCCAACGCCAACCUUCCGGCGCCUCUCCUCUACGACGCGAGCAACCCGUUCGCGCCGUCGCCCUCGGGCUCGGCCACGGCCUCGCACUCGCCGCUGAUAAACCAAAACUACCCCCUCCUCAACCAGAUGCAGGGCAUGCAGCUGCUCCACGUCGCCAACCAGCAGUCGCCGCAGCCGGUGCUCCACCAGGACAACAACGUGGGGUUUGGCCACGGCGGCUUCGUCUCUUCCGGGCUGCCGCCGUUGCCCACCAGAGCGCACGAGCUCCCUUCAAACCAAUUUGACACGGCGAGCAGCGGCAGCGGCGGCGGUGGCGCCGGUCUGCUGGAGUCUCUGCUCCUCGGCGACGACCAUCUGCCGCGGCCCAACCCGAGCAUGCUCAGGGUAGGCUCCAUGCCCGAGCUCAUGUACCGCGAGCCAAGCUCCAGGCUCAGCGAUGUCACCUCGCAGUGCCCUCCAGGAGAAGACCUGCAACAUGGCGGGAAAUGGGACUUCUUCUUAGAGGACGUGAAACCGGCGAAGAGAAUGGCGGCGAGCGAGGUGGAGCUGGAGAUCUCCGGCACCGUCCCCGGCUCGAUCCCAGGGGAGUGGUUCAGCACCUGCGGCGGGUCGACAGCUCCAUCGCCGGGGUCGGCAUCUGCCGUCACCGACGAAGAGUUCAACCUCGAGAUGCAGCGGUUCAUGUCAUUGCUGCCACUGUCAAAUGACGAGCAAAACUGGAACGCAUAAUUUGGACAAAAAAAGAAAAUCGAAAAUCUAGAGCGUGUACUUGCUUCUGCGAGAACAGUGUACGCAUU